UAAACUUCCGCGGAACGAUAACAGUGCUUUUUGUUGUGGUUCUGCGGUUGUGCCUUUCAAUUAUUGAAGUUUCCUUAUCAGCAAGGGUGAUUUGGUCAUCCUGACCUACCGAGCAUGUGGCGUGCAUAGUCUUUCCUGCAGAUCUAGCUGUAGUCAUGCUCCUCCGGCUGCCCAUUGUGGCGGCCCGUAGGAUGUUCAUCAUCCUCGUCCUGGUGGCAAUUGCGGGCUUCUUUUACAUCUACAGUUCGGAAAAUAAAUACUACUCAUGCUUCAUUGAGAGCCAAGUACUGGCAACUCAGCAGGCGCUAAUUGCAGAUGGCGAAACGAAUCUCUUAGAGGACGUACUCCAGGCGGAACCGAAGCCCUCGCCCGGAAGCAGUAUCUUCUUUCACGAGACUAGCUGCCGCCUAUCCGAUAACAGGCAGCUGGAGACUCUGAGAGUCACCGCCCGCCAGGCCUGCGCAAUCGAGUCAGCAGCGAAGCAUAAUCCGAAUUUCCAAGUGUUCGUCCUGUUCGCCGGCCCCACCUAUCGAAUCUCCAACAACAAUAGCCAUCCCCAACCGUUGGUGGAGGCCAUACUCAGCUACAGCAAUGUGCAUCUACGACGACUGAAUCUCGAAAGCUACGCAUCCGGCACGCCCAUGGAGGAGUGGCUCAAAGACGGCCGCCUGUCGCGUUCAAAAUAUUUGUUUUCCCACAUAUCAGAUUUCCUCCGCUAUCUCACCCUCUAUCGCUAUGGCGGUCUUUAUUUGGACAUGGAUGUGGUGGUGCUGCGCAACAUGGAGAAGGUGCCGCCCAAUUACACAGGUGCUGAGUCCAACACCCAUUUGGCCGCUGGCGUAAUGAACCUGGCAGCCACAGGCUUUGGCCACGAGAUCGCCGCGUCUUGUCUGCGCGACUUUCAGCACAACUUUAAUGGCAGGGACUGGGGCAACAAUGGGCCAGGAGUAAUAACCCGUGUGGCUCAGAAGAUAUGUGGCACCAAAGAUAUUUCUCUGAUGCAGGAGGACCCAAAGCGCUGUAUGGGCUUCAAGGUAUUCGGGCGAGGCGCCUUUUACGCCGUACCCUGGAAGCAGUGGAGCGACUUCUUUGAGCCGGAAAAGCUGGAGGAAACAAUGGCUCGCUGCAAGGACUCUUAUGUUGUGCACGUGUGGAACAAACAUUCGAGCAAGCUGCCCAUCAAACAAGGGACAAAGAACGCCUACGCCAUGUAUGCCGAACAAAACUGCCCGAGGUCGUAUAAGGCGGCGGGCGAAUACUUCUAGUAUUAGUCGUAUAAAGGGUUAUUAUAAUCAUAGUAUUUGUAUAUGAAUGUUUACCGCUGAAAGCCAAAGUCAUUGCCCUGUAAAGGUGCCAUUGCUAAAUUGCUUUUGUGCUGUUCGCGUUAAGUUUCAUCGCUAUUUGUUUACCUCCUGGCAAAUCCCAUUCCAAGUGAUGUCAGCUUACUCAAACGCACAUCCGCAACGCAGCUCAAGUCUAACGGAUAAACUUUACAAUUAGUCCGAUUCCACAUCAUACCUAUGUAUUUCAAUACUGUAAUAUCAUUCGAUCAUAUAAGCAAAUGAACAACAACAAAGACAUAUAUGUAAAGCUGUAAAAGAACAACAAACAAAGACAUAUAUGUAAAGCUGUAAAAGAAAGCUUAGAAUACUAUUUUGAAUCUUUGUAAUUUAUCUUAAGUGCAAUGUUAACUAAACUCGAAUAAGUUGGAAAAUCUUGUACAUACUUUCAUCCAGGGAAUUUUGCUAUCAACCCAUAAA